AUGCCACGAGCCCUAAUCACAGGAGCGACCGGCCUGCUCGGCCGUGCCGUGCUCUCUGCGUUCCAAGACGCAGGCUACGAGGCGACGGGGACGGGGUUCUCACGCGCGUCGGACAAGAUCCUCAAGCUGGACAUUCGGGACAAGCAGGCGGUGGACAAGGUGUUUGAUGAGGUCAAACCGGAAGUCGUCGUACACUGCGCCGCCGACCGCCAGCCCGACUCCUGCACACAGCACCCAGACGCAGCCCGCUUGCUGAACGUGACCGCGACCGAACACCUCGCACAAGCAUGCGCCUCCCACGGGGCCCUCCUAAUCUACAUCUCCACGGACUACGUAUUUCCCGGCGUCGAGGGCGAAUCACCGUACACCGUCUCCUCGACGCCCAAACCGACGAACAUCUACGGCCAGACGAAACUCGACGGCGAGCGCGUCGUGCAGAAAUACCCCCGGACAACUUCCUUACGCGUGCCGGUUCUGUACGGCACCACGGUCCCAGAAGACAACAACGCCGAGUCCGCGGUGAACAUUCUGUUAGAUGCGCUGUGGAGGUCGCAGAAGGACAAGCAGCCAGCGGAGACCGUGAAAAUGGACGACUGGGCGGUCCGCACGCCGACCAAUACGGCCGAUGUCGCGAGGGUGUGUGUUGAUAUUGCAGGACACGACGGUCCAGUCCCGCAGAUCCUGCAGUUUUCUAGCGAUGAUCGUAUGACCAAGUACGAGAUGUGUCGGAUCUUUGCGGAGAUCAUGGACUUGCCCUUCGAUGGCAUCGUACCAGUGAAAGAUGGUGGCAAGCCGGGUCCAGAUGGGACGCUCAGGCCCAAGGAUUGCCAUAUGGAUACAGAUGAGCUUCGGAAGUUGGGGGUCAGUGUUGAGACUGUCGACUUUGUCGCGUGGUGGAGGAAGAAGCUUGGUGCCUAUCGUCAUUAG